AUGACCGACGACAACCAGCCGCUGGCGCAGCCUCCCCAACCUCAACCCAAAAUUGAACCAAACUCUUCCUUUUACCUUGGUCCUCAAGAUCGACCGGGUGAUUUCAUAACCCCGACACGUUUGACCGGAAACAACUAUGAUGAUUGGGCUGCUGACAUACAAACGGCGUUGGAGGCACGGCGAAAAUUUGAUUUCCUUAAUGGAACGAUCACUGGACCGACUCCACCUUGUUCUCAGUCGGAUUGGACCACAAUCAACGCUAUGCUUAUUUCUUGGCUAAUGAACACCAUUAGUCCUGAGGUAAAAUGCUCUCUUGCUAAAUACAGGGAUGCCAAAAAGUUAUGGGAUACUCUCGAGAAAAGAUUUGCAGUGACUAAUGGGCCACGCAUUCAACAAUUAAAAUCAUCUAUUGUUAAAUGUGAGCAGUCUAAGAAUAUGUCUGUGUCCACAUAUUUUGGCCAGUUGUCAGCACUAUGGGAAGAAUUACAUACCCAUGAGCCUAUUAUUAAAUGUUCCUGUUGUGUCUCUUGUACCGCCGGCAGUGAACAUGAGGCACGACGAGAAAAUAACAAGCUACAUCAAUUUUUAAUCGGUCUUUGUUCAGAGUAUUAUGUACAAGUUCGCACUAAUAUUCUGUCCAUAGAUCCAUUACCAUCACUUGACCGUGCUUAUCAAAUGGUCCUUCAAGAAGAGACAAUUCGCUUAACUACUGUCCCCGAAGACAAGUCACCAGAAGUUAUGAGUUUUGCUGUCAAUACCGGUUCUGGUAAGGGUCGUGGUCACUUUGAUAAACCAGACAAAUCUCAUCUCUCUUGUACUCACUGCAAGAAAUCUGGCCAUGACGUAUCUCAAUGCUUCGAAAUACAUGGCUAUCCAGAUUGGUAUGAGAAUCGUGGCAACAACGCGCGUGGAGGACGUAGUGGACGGGGUAGAGGUGUUCCCCGUACCAAUGCCACUUUAACCAAAAAGCCCACUGACAGCUGUGGAGUUCCCUCAUCUCAUUUAUUCUCACCGGACCAAUGGAAGGCAUUAACAGGGCUAAUUAGUGGUACAAAGGUUUCUGAUGAUCAAUUGAUUGGUAAGUUUGAUGCACGAUUGUGGAUAAUUGACACAGGGGCCUCUCGUCAUGUUACUGGUGAUUCCACUCGGAUGACUGAUGCAAAAGAUAUAUUUCAUUGCCCUGUUGGUUUACCUAACGGAAAAACAGUGGUUGCAACUCAAGAAGGCUCGGUUCGAUUAACAGACAAAAUUAUUCUUCAUCAUGUUCUUUAUGUUCCGUCUUUAAGUUGCAAUCUUAUUUCUGUAUCUCAGUUAAAUGAUGAUAUGCAGAGCAGUGUUAUCUUUAACUCUCAUAUGUGUGCUAUACAGGACCAAUCGAGGGAGCUGAUUGGAACGGGUGUUAGACGGGAUGGACUUUACUACUUCAAGGGAACCGAAUCAGUGCAACAUCUUACAGUAAAUGCGCCAGCGGCUGGUUUUUCUUGGCCAUUCUCCAAUCUCAUGGAAAACAAAGAAACAAACUACUGUUUCUCGUUCUUCCGCAGAAGCAGAAUACAGAUCCAUGGUAGCCGUUACUUGUGA